AUGAUGAAGAGGAAGAGAGAAGAGAAGAACGAGUGUAUGGACAUCGUAUGGCAAACCCCAGCAAACCCCCCGCUACCGCAAGACUACAUCUUUCGAAACGGAAUUCGAUUCGUUAGACCAUACUACUUCGAAUUCAUCGCUCAUGUGAAAAAUCGAUGGGCUGGGAAAACCAUUGUGGAUUUGUUCGCUGAGGAGUUUAAAGGUCGACCUUAUGAAUAUUAUGUUAGUGCAGUGAAAUGUGGAAGGAUUCAAGUUGAUGGUGAAAUGGUGCCGGUUUCGUAUGUGGUUAAAUCAUCUCAAAAGAUAAGCCAUUUUUUACACAGGCAUGAACCACCUGUGAUGGCUUGUGAGGUUCCUAUUCUUCUAAAAGAACCAGAUGUGCUAACUGUUUGUAAGCCGGCGUCUGUCCCUGUUCAUCCAUGUGGUCAAUAUCGUAAGAACACUGUUGUUGGCAUCCUUCAAGCAGAGCAUGGACUGGCGCCUCUGUUUCCUAUCCAUCGACUGGAUCGCCUUGUCUCUGGGCUCCUUAUUAUAGCCAGAAAUGCUACAAAAGCUGACAGUUUUAGGCAGGAGAUUGAAGCUGGCUUAGUCAAGAAACAAUAUAUUGCAAAAGUAGUUGGAGAAUUUCCCCAGGAUGAGCUAAUUGUUGAUGCCAAUAUAGACUAUAAUGCUCGAGAAGGAAGGAGCACAGCAGAGGUCAGAGACUCUGCAAAGGGGAAGGUUUCCUCUACAAAAUUUACUCGGAUUAGUAGCAAUGGUACUCAUAGUAUUGUUUUAUGUGAACCAGUCACUGGCCGCACCCAUCAGAUACGUGUCCAUUUACAGUAUUCUGGACACCCAAUAGCCAAUGACAUGUUGUACAUCUCAAAGGAACCCGUUGAUCGGUCUAUUAAUGGGUCAACUGCUGAUAGAUCAGCUCGCAUAUCUGAUGUUUCUUUGACAUCAAAAUUUGGUGAAGAAUUGCCCAACGAAUGUCAAGAAAAUGCCAAUGAUGAUUUUAGCCUUGAUCCCAUGUGUACUAAUUGUCCAAAUUUGGCACCAAACGGCUAUGAUGCUGAUGAAGAAGGUUUGUGGUUACAUUGUAUGCGGUACUCUGGACCUGGAUGGACGUAUGAAUGCCCAUAUCCUGAUUGGGCAAAACUUUAA